AUGGAUACCGUGUCCCGUCGUCGAAGGGCCGGAGGAGCGGGCGAGCCAGAAGCUGAAUCGGCUGCCUUUGAGGCGGCAUACCAAGCAGCCUUGGGUCAAGCGGGAGUGGAUGGUUUGCAACCCACUCCGGGUUUGAAGGGCGAAGCGUCGCCCAAUACUUUGGAGAUGGGCCAAGGGUCUGGUGUGACUGGAGCCGAACCGCUCCUGGUGGCACACCCGUUUCAUAGUGAACGGGUUCAGUCUGAAAUUCAGUUACUGCGGAACCGCCCCUCAUCCUUAGAUGAGGAUGGGCAGCGACUGCGUGAAGGAGCUGAAGGAAGGGCAAUCGCAUUUGGAGGUGCGGCAGAAGAUCGGGAAGAUGAGCAAGGUGCUGAGCCUGAUUAUUCUGCUGUAUUUCAUGUGAAUGAGGCAACCGGGCCUAGAGUGGCGCGAGUGGAAACAUCGGGCGAGAGCCGAGGGCCCUUGUCGGAGCGAAGCUUUCCUGGAACUCCUGUGGACUCUGGGAGAACCCGGAUGGCCACGGGCCAUCUUGUGGAGGAAAAGCCAGAGCCAGCCACUUUGGCAUCUGGAGCUGGUGUGAGCACGACGGGAGAUGAAGAGUUGGUUCCUGACUCGCGCGGCGCUGGAGGUAUGGAGGCGAUGCUCAUGCAGAUUCUUGAGGAAAACAGGAACCUCAAGCGUCGCUUGGAGCAGGCUGAACAACGAUCCCACUCGUCCUGGCAUACGGGUACUACAGGUGAACCUGCAGUGGCGGCUUCGUCGCCUAUGUCUUUCGCGGCUGGAGGAGUGAGGGGCUCUAACGCUCCCUACGUUAAUCCGGCAGUAGGAAUGGGACAGCCUGUACAGCCUCCACCAUCGCUGGAAGCGAUGCUAGGCUCCUCGCAUUUCCCGGCUUCCUCGGUGCAAGGGUUCGAACUAAGGGCAGGGCAAGAUUGUUCUGCGGAGCCUCCGAACCUACCUGUAUCUAGACCAGAGGGUGGAGCUUCGGGGCUAGGGGGUUCGAUUCCGGGGGAGAAUGCUUGCGCGUUGGCAUUAUAUGAGGGGCCCAGGCCUAACCCGACUCUAACGGGGUCUAUUAUGGGAGCUGAGGAAUCAGGACCCCAGGCCCAAACCAUGAGGCAAUUCACGGCGCAGGCCUUGGAAAUGUCAGGAGGGUUUCAUACUCCAAGAUCUACAGGGGCAGGAACUUCAGGGUUUGAUGCGAAUGGUUAUCCGUUGUCUCCUGGGGGGACGGUGAUUCGGCCUCCACCACUACCGCCUCCGACGGCAUCGGCUGCGGGCUUUCCGGGAGCAGGUUUGGCCCCUUUGGCAAUGAUCCCUCGAGUGAAUGCCCAGCCCGACAGGGCAUUGGUGUCUGAGGGAGCUGAUUGGCUCGCGUGGGUAGUAGCUGUGUUGAUGAUUGGGGUAUCGGUUCUCUGGAGUGGUUUUCUUUCGAGUUGGUUUGAGGGGAGCCUUGAGAGUGCCUUGCUUUCGGGUUUUGCGGAGCUUGCUGUUUUGGACGAAGCGUUCGUUGAGUCGUUCUUGACGGAUGCUGAGUUAGGUGAGCCGGUUUUGGAAGCAGGGGCUGAGGAUUCUUCAGGGUCCGCGAGGGAGGUGAUAGGUGGUUCACAGGAAGGGCUUGCCGAAACUUGUGGAGAAGAGUCUGCAGACGAGUUCUCUGAGAAAGAGUGGCUCGAGGCGGAAAGAAAGCUGGCCGAAGCUGAGAGGAGUUCCGGGUUGACUUUUGUUCAGAGGGCCCGUGUUCGUAAGCAAGUUGCCUUAGGAGGCUUGGUUGAGGUGCCAAACUUCUUGCAAAGGCGAGGACCUGUACCUUCCUGGUUCUCUGGGGUGAGCCCGGAAGGGUCUGAGGCGGAUGAGGCUCCGCAGCCAGAACUCUUCUCAGCUGCCGUAGCCUUGUUAGGAACCUUGAGUGUGCACUCGGAGAGACUGUGUCAGUUUUUGGGAAUGCAAGUCGGAGUUUGGCGGGCGUUAAGAUGGGUUUCGCGUGCCUUCGGCCACAACGUGGUGAUUGCGGUGUUGGAGCAGUGGUCUAACACUGGAGUUGACUGCUCUUUACCUGGAGCUUCCGAGCUGAGUUUCGGUAUGAUGGUUCAACCUGGGUUCCGGUUAGUUUGGGGGCUUGCGAACUGA